CGUUAUAUUAACUUGAGAUAACGCAGCCUUAACAUCAUUAUUUCAACAAUUUUUAUCAAGUGAGUAGCAUUCAAAAAACCAAAAUUCCAGAUGCGAUGUAAAAUUUUAAUAUUGCUAUUGCUAAUCUAUCAAAUCAAUAGUGGUUUUGUAGUGGUUAAUGACGUAGCACACCAAAUACACCCAAACAAAACCGCAAUCGGCAUUAUUAUACCAAAUCCAAGAAGAAUUAUUACAGUUAAAAGCAAAUGUCCGAGCGGAAAGGUUUACAAUGGUAUUUUAAGGAUGUGUUUGAGUUUUAAUUGAAGUAAACAAUUUGCACACAGACCACAACAAACUAAGUAUGUACUCAUCAAGGAAAUUAGUACUUUUUUUGUGCUUGAUUGUCAUCAUUAAUGUACAAGGAAGACCAUCAGAUUCAACGACAGAAGAACCAACCACGUGGGACAAAAUCAAAAAAGGCGUGGAGCAUGGAUGGCAUGUAGUCUACGACGAGAGCCAUUGUGCUUUCCAUAAGGUGAAAGAGUUGGUGAAAUCCCAUGACCAUGACGAAGGCUCUGAUCCUUGUCUUGAUAAACCUUACCAAAGAAAUGGAACCACUACCGAAAAGAAUUUAGUUUUGGUUGCAGAAGAAAGAUUGCCACACUAAUACGCACAUAUUUAUUCACAAUAUUAUAAACAUUUGACUAAAAUUUUGGAUGUGCAAUCCUGAUACAACCGUUGCCAAUUUUCACAUAACCAGUCAAACAGGGUGCGUCAAACAAAAAUCUGCUUUGGAUCAUUGAAGAUAUAUUUUUGGCUAGAAAAAAAUAAAAAUAUUUUAUUUAACAUAAUUUGCGUUUUAUUUAAGUUUAAGAAUAAUUAUUGAUUUAUUGGACUAAAAUACUAUUGUAGUCUACCAAGCUUCUAGG